AUGGCAACCAACAAGACCGGGGGCGUCACCUCAUCCGGUAUCGCCACCAACGAAACCACCGGAGAGCGCUACAUCCCCUCCUCCACCCGCGCGGAUGGGUCCAAGCGUCGCGAGAUCCGCGUCCGACCGGGCUACCGUCCCCCCGAGGAUGUCGAACUCUACAAGAACCGCGCGGCCGAAGCCUGGAAGAACCGCGGCAAGACCGGCGGUGGUGUGCCGGGCGCCGAAGGCCUUAAGCCCGUCGGGGACUCUGACGCCAACAAAUCGGGCACCGCAGCCAGCAACAAGAACGCCAAACGCCGCGAGGCGCGGAAGAAGGCCAAGGCGACCGGUCAGGACUCACCGGGCGCAGCCAAGGACGUGACGCAGAUUGAAAACUGGCGCGCUGCUGCUGCGACUGCGACUACACCCAACGGCGGCGCGAAGAAGGAAGCGGAAGGCAAGCAGCCCACCGAGGCAGAGCAGGCACUGGACCCCGAAGCAGAGAAUGAGAAGAAGGCCCGCAACCUGAAGAAGAAAUUGAGGCAGGCCCGCGAUCUGCGCGACAAGAAGAACCAAGGCGAGGCUCUGCUGCCCGAACAGCUUGAGAAGGUCAUCAAGAUCCAGGAACUCGUUCGGCAGCUCGAUGCGCUGGGGUUUGAUGCCAAUGGGGAUAAGAAAGACGCUUCUGCAGAAGAGAAG